AGGAAAGAAAAAUGAAGGAGCACUGUUGAUGCAUCUAAAUAUUUAUUUAACAACGUGUUAAAGUAUUGAGUUUUGGCACUUUUGGCCCUCUAAACCGGUUUUUCGUUUAAAGGUACAGUUGCUGAAUGUAAACUGCACAGCAUGAAAAUCGCCACCUUAGUAAAAUUUGCUGCUACAGUAAAAUGCUGACGAGACUCCACCCAUUUAACCGAGGUGAAAGAUGAAAAGUAACUCAGGAUUAUAUAAAUAUACAUACAGGCCGUGAGCAGAUUUGUCUGUCGCGCCCUUUGAGGAAUGUAACUGUGUGGUGUGGACGUGGCGUGGCAGGAAAAUCCCGGACGGAGGAGCACAAAGACAGACUAGGCUCCUCCACGUGGAGCCUGUCAUUGAGCCAGACACGCAGCAGUCUCCUCCGCCGCACCGGGCGGGGGACGGCAGGACAGGAGCGGGGGAGGACGCAGAGCCAUCAAGGCGGUGCGGGACGGAGGAGAAGGGCUCUUCAGAUAUGAAUCUUUAACUUGCGGAAAUCAGCGCUUUUUCCCUUCAGCACUCCUAACUAUGCAUUCAGGUCUGCUCAUGGCGUAUCAGCUGGACCGGCUGGUCCCACGUGUUUUGUCUCUGUACGUCCUCAUAAAUCUGUGCCUGGCAGCACCAGGGCUACCUGGGUCACAAAGAGAAGAGACAGUAGAUGUCCAUCCCCCACCAGCAGGACUGCUCAAUCCCUUCGGCUCUGGAGAAGAUGAACGCAGGUUGUUACAGAGCUACAUUCAUCACAGUCUACAGAACAGCCAAGGGGGACCUGAGAUCAGUUCCUGGGAGCAAGAGGUGUUCUUCCUGUUUCGUCUCUAUGACUAUGAUCGCAGCGGGUUCUUGGAUGGCUUGGAGAUUAUGAAACUGCUCUCUCACUACAACUCCCAUCAUGCACUUGGACCAGAGAUCACUGAGCAAGUGGUGUCGAUGGUAGAUUUCUUACUACAAACUCAGGAUCUAAACCAGGAUGGUCUGCUGGACCCUUCUGAGCUGCUCUCUCCUUCGGUCAUUAACACACAGGGCUCAAGCAACAACAAAAUGGCUCAUCAAGAGCAGGAGCUGGCAGAUGAGAACAAGCUAUCAAACACCAUCACUGUGGAGGAGAAUGCAGGAGCAGGGGAGCACAGGGAGAAGCAGCAGCUCGACAUAAUGGCACUACAGGAGGAACCAGUAAAGCAAACAGAAGAACGUCAAGAUCAAGAAAUCUUUAAUGCCUUAGCAGAAAAACAGGAGCAGGCACACCAUGUCCCUGUGCAUCAAGGACAACCAGAAAUCUAAAUAAGCUCAAAGACAAUAAACCACUUUAUGGUUUAAUGUCUUUAUGGUUUAACAGAUGGCUGUUAAAACGCUGUGCCUGUUCAAAGAGUUCCUGUCACAUUAAUUUCACGUUCUUUCAGUGAAAAAAAUUAUUUUAAGAGCUUUUUACAAAAUAAAGGUUCUAGAUUGAACUUCCAUAAAUUUAAAAGCUAUGAUACUUUGCUAAGUAAGUCUGUUCUGACAUCUUAGACUAUAUAUUAACCAGUUCAUGUGACUUCCUAAAAAACUGACCAAACUCCCACUUCAGAUGAAAUUGUUACAUUAAUGAACACAUUCAAUGGAGUUUAUUGCAUGAAUGAUAUCCUGGACUGGUUUGUAAUCCUGUGCUCCACCUCCAGCCGUCCCACCUGUACACACCCUACAUACGACCAUUCUGCAUAGAACAGUAACUUUUGAUUAAUAAGCUUGCAGCAAAAGGUCAUUUUUGACCAUGCAAAUAUGCAACAAAACAACUGAAAACAUGUUUCCUAGUAUCACCAUUGGCAAUGAGUCACAUUCCCUAUAUCAAACCCAGCCACUAAUGGGAUUUGUCAUCUCUUUUCAACCUUAAUAUUUGUUUUGCACUCAACUACUAGUCCCAAGGAGUGCAAUUAGACUGUUGUUGAUUUAAACUGGUCUGAUAUAUAGUCAGCUCAGAAAAACACUGGUGGUGUGCAAUAAAACAAGCUCAUAUCUUUUACCAACUCUUUCUCUUUGAGUAACACAAAUUCAACACGUUUCAAAAUGCUCGUCUUUGUUAUCACAGUCAGAAAGAUCACUUGAAAUACCACAAAAAAUUGUCACAUUUUUCUUUUUAUCAGUUAAUUUUAAAUCUGCUGGCGGGAUAUAAUUUGUUGGUGUGACUUGUUUACUUUUUAAAUCUUGUUUAAAGACAAUGUGUUAAAAAAUAAAGUAAGAGUUUCAAUGA